AUGGCCCACCUCGGACGCGGCCCCAUGGCUCGCGGCCGCGGAGCAGUCCCACCCCCCCCUCUACGCGGCGGCUCCCGACCCCCUCCACAACAAAUAAUGCCAGCACCACAAGGCUACUACGAACCCCCUCCGCCACAGCAACAACAACCCCCUCCAGGUACUCACUCACGCCCCAUAACUCCACGCCCCCGCACCCCAUCACUCCAAACUAAUCCCUACCAUCCCCCACCAGGUCACCACCCCUUACCCCCGGGCGCUGGCGGCGGAAAUCCAUUCCACAGAGGUGGUGGCGGUGUAGGAAGAAUGCCAGUUGGUGGUGGUCGUCCCGGUGCUCCACCGUUAUCACAUCAUCAUACCCAUCCGGGGGCAUAUGCUGCCACGGAACCAGGGUAUGAUAUGGACUCUGGCGAAGAUCAUACGCCCGAAAGUGGGAAUUCUCCGGAAGGAAGUGAAUUGACGUUGGGACCUUCGCCGGGUCCUCAUGGAUAUGGUGGUGGGGGGUAUCCUCCGCCCCCACCGCCCGGUAGAGGGGUACCCCCGCCGCAGUAUUUUGAUAGUCCGGGGCUUAUGGCGGAGAAUACGCAUUUGAGGCAGGAGGUUGCGGUGUUGAGGCAGAGGGUUAAUGAGAUGGCGGCAGGUAACGAAGUCGCCCGCUGGGAUCCCGCAAUGGCAGCUCAACUCGAAGUCAAAGAUUUCGAAAUCACGGGUCUACAUACCCAAAUGCAAGAAAUGAUGACCGCAAACCAAUCCGAAAUCACAAAACUCACCGAAUCCCUCAAAGCCGCCGAAUCAAAACUAAAAGAAGAAUCAGAAAAACGUGAAAAGGAAGUGAAAACUCUAAAAGAUGAUCUAGACGACGUAACAGCAUACCUUUCCGUCGCAAAGGCAGAGGAAGGCGUAGUCGACGACGUAUGGUUCAAAGAGGAGCUCACGAAAUUUGCUACUCAGUUGAGAAAUUGGGUAUGGAAACAUUGUAAAGCCGCCUCGCAGAUGCCGGAGAUGGUCCAGGAUAUAGGCAUUCAAGCUAGAAUCGGCCACGCGGUCCCGGAAUUCGCAAGAUUAACGAUGAGCAACAGCAGAAUGACGGUAAUGCAGGCUGUCGUACAAGAUAUCAUCUUACGAAGGAUAUUCGAUAGAUACUGCGUCGGACUGCAGGAAGGACAGGAAGCCGCGAUGAGAGGGAUUGAAGUCAUGUUGACACAGCACUCGGUUACAGUACCACCAAACUACGGCAUGAUAAACCGCUGGCGCGCCCUCUCAAUCGCUCUUCUCACAAACACCCACCCCGUAAAAGACAACUCCGAAUCCGCAAUAGUCGACUGCUGUUCCGAAGUCGAAUCCGUCGUUUUCUCCCUCAUCCCCGGUCACAAAGCUCGUCCGGGCGACGCCGCUUCGAGAGCAUUAAUCCCAUUACUAGCAAACGCUGUCAGAAUCUCUCACCAUUUUAAGGGCCAACGUGCAAGAAUCGAUGUCGUUAGCCCCGUGGGACAUAUAUUCGACCCAGAGUGGAUGGAAGAUGCGUCAGGUAUGGAAGAUGAUGUAGAUGAGGAUUUGAGAGGGAAGAUGGUUGGUGCGUGCGCGUUUCCAGCGGUUAUUAAGUGGGGUAAUGAGAAGGGCGAUGAUUAUGGGCUUAGGACUAUUAUAUUCAGAGCGAAGGUGCUUUGUUUGUUGGAUACAGAUUAA